AUGGGUGUUCCGCAAAGCUCUAUCUUAGGCCCAUUUCCAAGACCAAUCCUGAUUGGUCUGCUGACAGAAUGCAAAAUUCAUAAAUAUGUGAGUCAUUUUGUAGCCGAAGGAAUUAUGCAGCUUUUUAAAAAAAUCGUAGGUGAUCGUUUGCGCAUGAGAUUCUCAAUCCUCCUUGUUCUAUCUGCUCUGGCAAUUAUCCAGGCUUCUGUAAUUAAUGCGCCGACAAGUAGAGCUAAUCUCAACGUAGGAUAUGUUACUGCCGGUGACAGACUCUUAUACAGCACAUAUGUCAGCAGGCCAGCGAUGGUAAACGCAGUCCAGCGCCAGGAUCUGGUUUAUCGUGGCAGUAUUGGAACAAGGAUUAGUGCCAUCAAUGCUACAGAAGUUGGUGUUAGUCAGUUUGCUUCAGCGUGGGUGAUUGCUGGUGGGAUUCGUGCCAACAAUGUGACCAUCAGGUUCCAAUCAGCAGUUGGUCGAGGCUACUACUACAACGUCAAUAUUUGGGGCCGAUAAUUUAUAUAAAAUCAUUUAAAUUUAUAUAAAUACAAUCUAUACUAUAGUUAAAUAAAUAUUUGCAUAAUUGUAAAAAGAAAGAUAAAA